ACCACUCAAUUGGUUGCCGUUGUGCGGGGUUUGGGAUCUAGGUUCUGGUAAGCUCACUUGUUACUUUUAUAUGGCGGUAUCCGAUAUUGGGCAUGUCAAGACAGCUUUUAUCGACGUACGGUUUCCUUUGGCACUUUCUUCUCUGUCUUGAGUUACGUGGUGGACAUGGGCUAUUUUCCAUUGCGCUAAUCCGAUCGAUAGAACACUAUUGCGUCCACGUGCGAUAUUCUGAACUGGUGCCUCACCCAGAUGGCUUCUUGGUGACGCCCAUUACCGUCUCGUCGCGUUCUGGUGCCUUUCCGAAUCAGUGCGCUGCUUUCAACCUUGCUUGAUUAUUUUCAUUGAAAUCAACAUGGUCUUGAAAAACCUGGCCGUAUUGGCCGUCGCCCCUUACCUCGUGUCUGUCCAGGCUCAAUCAUUCUGGGAUAAGGAGCAGGUUAACACCACGCUUUGUUACUGGGAAGAACUGAGAGCCGCUAUCAUUCGAGACACUAUCUAUCUAGAUGGCGGGAGGUCGUGGUGGAUUCCCGGGUUAGCUGAUGGGUCACCCGGCGCCAUAGAAGACGAUGAAAAUCCUUAUGGACGUAUCUUCACGUUAAAUCUUGGUACUCCAUUCAGUGAAAAGGAUAACAUCACAGACAAGUUUACGAUCAUAUCGAAGGCACCCGCCGACGGUGGCGUAAACAACAUCGAUCCAAACUACUACGACGGAGCCUUAUUAGCGAAUGAUGCCCAAUGGUUCGCUUACGGAGGGUUGUACUUGAAAAGCGACGCAUUCGACACAGAGCCUCCGGGAAACCAAGUACUGGGUUACAGAAAGUAUCAAUAUGGGCUGGAGAAGGGGGAGUUCACCACCGGCUUUGUGAAGGCCAGCUUGAAAAAUGUCAGUCGCUAUAUCGCAUACGGCGCCGCUGCAAGCGCCCCUUCUGAGAACAAAGCUUGGUACUUCUCCGGAAUGCAGUCUCCAUCGAGAGGCCCUGUUCUUGGAGUCUCAUCUGGCGAUGACGACCAAGCUACCGAAGUAGCCAAAACGUUGAUAACUUUGGACAUGACGGAACAACUAGAGGAGACUUGGAAGAACGAUACACUCCCUUCCAAAAUCCCUGGUCGAGCGGGCGCUGAACUGGUCUGGGUCCCAGUCGGUAGCAAAGGUAUCCUGGUUGCCCUUGGAGGUCUUGUUUUUCCUCAGUGGGCCAACUCUACCAAGUUCUCGGGAAAUGAUACAGCAAGCAAGGCGGAAAGCCCGGAGUUUAUGUCUACGAUUGAUAUCUACGACGUCGCCGCUGGAGAAUGGUACAGACAGCCCACCGUCGGUGGUCCUGGUCAGCUCGGUCGAGGUUGUGCCGUUGUAUCGCCUGCUCAAGACUUCUCAAGUUUCAAUAUCUACUACUACGGCGGCCAGCCGGGAUUAACGCCGUUUGAGGACUUCAGCGACGACGUUUGGGUUCUCUCAUUGCCAUCCUUCACCUGGACAAAAGUGGCAUCUGGCACGGCCGACAGGGGUCGGGCUGGACACAAAUGCUUCAUGCCUUACCCAGAUCAGAUGUUGGUCAUUGGCGGUUACAGAAGUUACCCCCAAUCUGGACCUCCGCAAUGUCUAGAUCAAUUCAUUCGUGUCUUGAACCUGACAACCGGGACAUGGUUAACCAGCUACGACCCGGCCAAGUAUUCCAUAACUUACGGUGUCCCCGAAUCCGUCCAGAAGAAGAUCGGAGGUUCCGCUAUAGGUGGUGCAACGGCACGCGCGCCGAGCGGUGGCUGGGCCACAGCAGACCUUGGAAAGGUCUUUGAGACCAAGUAUCUGACCAAGAUCGCGACGUAUUACCCCUACGCAUCUGAGGCGCCAGUUAACAACACAAACCCAGGGGCGCCUCCGUCCGAUAAGAAUGACAAGAAAAAGGGAGGCGGCGUACCAUCAUGGCUUCCUCCUGUGCUAGGGGUUGUGCUUGGACUGAUGUUCCUGACUAUAAUUGCUGUCUUAAUCCUCCUUUGGAGACGACGAAGGCUAUUGAAGGCUGGCACUAGUGUAGCCGAGACCGAAGACACCAACGGCUACCGAAUCAUGUCAUGGAUGCGCGGUCAACAGCAACACGCCACCGAGAAGGCUCCUACCGUCACGACCUCGGAUGAAAUCAGCACUGUUCCUAACAGCCCUAGCCCUAUGCGAGAUAUCGAUAGCACAGGAUCAGCUAUGCCGCCGCCUUCGAUUGCCGAAGCUAUGGACACACAAAUCACGCCGCCGCCGGCUCCGGUAGAGUUGAUGGAUACCUCGCCUCGUGCCGAGCUCCACGACACUGGCUUAAGCCACAUUGAUGUCCUAAACCGCCAUUCGAGCUUCGGUAGAAAUAAUGGUGCCGGUAAUGGCUCGCUGAGCAAUCCUUCAUACUACACUGGCGGAACACAUCAGAUCGAUCACGCAAGCAACUUUUCACGAUCCACGGGUGUCGCCUCUUCUCUCCCCCCGCACAUGCAGGGCGUCGAUGGUGCCCCAACCAACUUCCGUCCCGACUCAAAACUGAUGGGCAGCGUUCCAUCCGGGGCCCCGUCCUCUAACAGAGACAUUCCCUCGCCCAUGGUCUCGCCAACCACCACAGCCACCCGCGGCUUUGCCCUCUCGGACGUCUCUAAUGUCAGCGAGCGUGAUAAGGCACACCUCCGACAGAUCAGCGACGCAACCGUGAGCUCCAUGACCUCGGGACAAACCUACAACAACAACGGACAGCACCCGUCCAACGUCAACAGCAACCACCGCUUCAGCAACGGCCCUUCCCCCACCUCCGUCCCGGAGGAACAUGUCAUCAACCACCAGGGAGGACUGCAGGCGCCCGACCACAUCCCUAUCCCCCAGUCCGCAACAUCCGCUAUGGGCGGUACGCUGCCGCUGGGAUCGCCGCAGCCGGUUUCACCGCCUACGUCAGGGUUGGCGGAGGGAAGCGAGGAUUAUUUGAGCUUUAGGCCACAGCCACCGCCGACGGCGGGGCUUGGCCCGGGGGCCGCUGGAGGUGCUGGGGCGACGAGUAGUCCGAGACGGAGCAUGUUUACGGAGAGUAGGGAGGAUAUGAAUGGGACUGGUCCGGGUGAUGGGAGGUAAUUAGGCUCCGGAUAUGUGAUGGUGGAGGAAGGUGUGGGAAGGCUUGUUUUGGAAUGGGAAAUUGACGGGUUAGAUGAGAUGCGAUC